AUGCCUCGCGUAAUCCGCCUUGCCGCGGCCCAGAUGGGCGCCACCCACUACAAGGACUCGCGGUCCAAAACCCUCGACCGCAUGCUCGCCCUGCUGGACUCAGCAGCGGCCAAAGGUGCCAAGUCGGUGCUCUUCCCGGAGACGGCGUUCACCACCUUCUUUCCACGUCACCUGAUCACCGACCCGGUCGAGUUGGACUCCUUCUUCGAGCAUGGCGACAUCACCACGCAGGCGCAGACAAAGCCGCUGUUUGACCGGGCGCGCGAACUGGGCGUCGACGUGGCCGUAGGCUUCGCCGAGAAGACGGACGAGGGCGAGACAAAGGUCCAUCUGCCCGGUGACUUCGAGCCCUUCGCCGAUCCCGAAGCCACGAACCAGCUGGAGAAGCGCUACUUCAAGCCGGGCGACCUUGGCUUCAACGCCUUCCGCGUGCCGGGCCUGGUCGAAUCGCCCCCGGAGCGCGGCGACCCCAUUUUCGGCAUGAUGAUCUGCAACGACCGCCGCUGGGCCGAGAGCUGGCGGGUGCUGGGUCUGCAGGGCGUCGAGGUCGUGUACUGCGGCUACAACACGGCCGGCUUCGCGCCGCACCUGUGGGGGUCGGACAAGGCCAUGGACCCGGAGGAGGCCCGCCGCAAGGCCCUGUUCCACCACAAGCUCGUCAUGCAGGCCCACAGCUACACCAACGCCUGCUUCUCCGUCAGCGCCGCCCGCUGCGGCCUGGACGACGGCCGCUACGACUUGAUCGGCGGCAGCUGCAUCACCGGUCCCGAAGGCGAGCUGCUGGCCGAGGCGACGACCCCAGACCAAGACGAAGUCAUCAUCGCCGACUGUGAUCUCGAUGCCUGCCGGCCGGGCAAGGAGCGGACAUUCGACUUCGACCGCCACCGCCGCGUUGAGCACUAUGCUCGCAUCACCAACCAAACCGGCGUCGUCGAGCCUCCCAAGCUCUCUGGCGAGCCAAAUGGCGUUACAACAAACGGCACCUCCACUGACAAGAAGAUCCGCAUCCUCCUCGUCAACCCCAACAGCACCAAAUCCAUGACCGACGCCUGCGUAGCCAUGUGCCAGACCCAGCUACCCCCCGACGUCACCGUAACGGGCUUCACCUCGCCGCGGCCCGCGCCGUCCGCCGUCGAGGGCAACUUCGACAACGUCAUGUCGUCGGCAGCAGCCGCCCGCGCCGUGCUGCCGCUCGCCGCCACGCACGACGCCGUGCUGGUCGCGUGCUACUCGGACCACGCGCUGAUCCGCAUGCUGCGCGAGGAGCUACCACAUCAACCCGUCGUCGGCAUCAUGGAGUCGUCGCUGUACUUCGCCGCGCGCGCCCUCGGCGGCCGCUUCGGCGUCGUCGCCGUCAGCCCGCGCUCGCGCGUCAUGCACGAGGACGCCGUGCGCCACUACGGCCUCGACGGCUUCUGCGCCGGCGUCGCCAGCUGCGACCUCACCGUGCUCGACCUGCACGAGAAGAGCCAGGACGAGGUCGUCGCCCGCAUGUGCGAGGUCGCGAGGGACCUGGUGGCCAGGGGCGCCGACGUCUUGACGCUGGGCUGCGCCGGCAUGACGCCCCUCAAGGCCGCCGUCGAGGAGGCCGUGGGCGAGGAUGUGCAGGUCAUCGAUGGCGUCUUGGCCGGCGUGCAGCACUUGUCCGGCCUGGUCCGCAUGGGCGGGAGGACGGCCAAGAGCGGCGUGUACCGGAGCUCGGCGGCUGGACGGAAAGCAAGAGGCCAGGACUGGAUAUGA